UGUGCCAUUGCCGAAUUUUUAUUUACAUUUCGCUGUCCGUUCUGUUCGUUGAGCUUGGCUGUGUACCAUCAUAUAUUGUUCAUAGAUUUAUUAAAUUAUUCAGGCAAGAGUCAAGCCAAAUUCAGCUCGUUCUGCGCUUUCAUAUAAUCAUCAUCAAUCGACUAGGUACAUAUAUCCCAUGUACGCGUUACACAAUAAUUGCCAGUGAAAAGUUUUCGGUUUUCAGCAGCACUGGUGGUGAUACUGUGUUUUACAAUAUUAUAAUGGUGUAAUCUACUGGCUGAUCUAACAUUGUUGAUAAAAACAAAAGGUAGAAAAGUGCUAUCUCAUUCUAAAGCGCAAUUUAUCACCGUCUCAUUGGAGGCGAGGCGACAAUCAGUCGUGCUGAAGAUUCACUGCUAGCCGGACGGACGAGUGAUACCAGAGAUUAUGGCUAGUGGCAAGUACAGUUUCGCAAUCGAUCGUGGAGGAACCUUCACCGAUGUGCUGUGCAUCACACCUGACGGGGGGAUCCGUACGUUGAAGCUACUCUCGGAGGAUCCGGCAAACUAUCCCGAUGCACCGACGGAAGGAAUUCGAAGGAUCCUGGCGCAUGAGACGGGUCCACAAUCGCGAACGCCUGGUGGAUUAGUUAACACCGAGUUGAUAGGCUGGGUGCGCAUGGGAACCACGGUGGCCACCAAUGCACUGCUCGAGAGAGCCGGUGAUCCGGUCGCGUUAGUGGUUAACCGAGGUUUUCGGGAUCUGCUGCAGAUUGGUAACCAGGCGAGGCCCAGCAUCUUUCAACUGAACAUCCAAAAACCGUCAAAUCUGUACCGAGAGGUAAUCGAAAUCGACUGUAGACUCGUCCCGGCCCAGCAUGACAUUUGCCAACUGGAUCAAGCUUGGGCCGAAUUGCAGGGGGCGUCGGAUGCGCGCUACUUGGAAAUGGUCCCCAUCGACGAAAGGCAAAUUCGUGCCAAAUUAGUUGAGGUUUUGGAUAAGGGAAUCACAUCGCUAGCGGUCGUCCUGGCACACAGCUAUGCCUGUCCGGAUCACGAACUGCGCAUUGGGGCUAUUGCGCAUGAGGUGGGCUUCCGGCAUGUCACGUUGUCACACAAGGCAAUGCCCAUGUGCCGGCUGGUGGCCAGAGGUUUCACUGCUUGUGCCGAGGCCUAUCUUACACCGCAUGUGGAACGAUACCUGGCCAGUUUCCGUGCCGGUUUCAAGGAUCAACUGGAAGGAGUAGAUGUCCUGUUCAUGCAAAGCGAUGGAGGAUUGACCAAGAUGGAGAACUUCCGGGGUGCGAGGGCUAUCCUGAGUGGCCCUGCCGGGGGAGUCGUCGGAUAUGCUGUCACCGGUUCAAGGGAUUCCGAAGGGCAACCAUUGAUUGGAUUCGACAUGGGUGGCACGUCGACGGAUGUAUCCAGAUUUGCCGGUACCUAUGAUCACGUGAUUGAAUCUACUACAGCGGGAGUGACCAUCCAAGCCCCCCAACUGGACAUCAACACGGUAGCGGCGGGAGGUGGUUCGCGUUUGUUCUUCCGAUCGGGACUGUUUGUCGUAGGACCGGAAUCGGCGGGGGCUCACCCGGGACCAACGUGCUACAAGAAAGAUGGUCCACUGACGGUAACUGAUGCCAAUUUGAUACUGGGACGUCUGCUUCCGGAGUAUUUUCCAAAGAUUUUCGGUCCGGAUGAGAACGAAGCGCUAGACUAUAUGGCCACCAAGCAAGCAUUCACCGUUCUACAGCAGGAGAUUAAUAAAUAUCUAAUGGAAUCUGGCGAAAGCGAGAAACCUCUGUCGUUGGAGCAAAUUGCAAUGGGAUUCAUUCGAGUGGCCAAUGAAGCCAUGUGUCGACCGAUUCGGGCUUUGACUCAGGCACGUGGACUCGACACUUCGAAACAUGUGUUGGCUUGCUUCGGGGGAGCCGGAGGGCAGCAUGCCUGCAGCAUUGCCAAGGAACUCGGCAUGAGCAAGGUACUGGUUCACAAGUAUGCCGGAAUACUGUCUGCCUAUGGUAUGGCCCUGGCAGAUGUGGUCCAUGAAGCACAGGAACCGGCUAGUUUGGUUCUAAAUGAGGAUAAUCGAUUGGCAAUCCGAGACAAGCUGAACGAGUUGUCCCUCGCUUGUAGAGAACAUUUGCUAGCGCAGGGUUUCCCGGAGGAUGCUAUAGUUCUGGAACCAUAUUUGCACCUGCGUUACGAUGGAACGGAUUGUGCCUUGAUGUGUGCUCCGGACAAGGUCAUCAACAACCAAGAGAACUACAUCUAUACGUACGGGGACUUUGAGAAGACCUUCUUCGAGCGCUACAAAAGCGAAUUUGGGUUCGUCCUAGAAAAUCGAAAAAUAAUCGUAGACGACAUCCGGGUUCGAGGAUCCGGAAAAUCAUCAGUGUACGAGGAAAAAACCAUUCCGGAAGCAAACGGACCAAUAUAUCCAGAAAAGACGACCACCAGCUACUUUGAGGAAGGCUCACAGGUGACUCCCGUUUUUGAUUGCUCCAAGUUGUGUAGUGGCCAUACGAUUCAGGGUCCAGCGAUCCUUAUUGACAAACUUUCCACCAUCGUCAUCGAACCGGGUUGCGAAGCGCUGGUAACCUCAAAGGGGGAUUUGAUCGUUGAAGUCGCAUCCGGAAAUGCGAACAAACGGAUCGACGAACGUUUGGAUGCCGUUCAGUUGAGCAUCUUCAAUCAUCGCUUCAUGAGUAUUGCCGAGCAGAUGGGACGAGUUCUGCAGCGCACGGCCAUUUCAACCAACAUUAAGGAACGGUUGGACUUCUCCUGUGCUCUGUUCGGUCCCAACGGAGGUCUAGUCAGCAAUGCACCGCACAUCCCCGUACAUUUGGGUGCCAUGCAGGAAACGGUCCAGUAUCAGAUCAAGGUCCGAGGUGAAACGCUCAAACCGGGUGAUGUCGUGUUGUCCAAUCAUCCACAAGCCGGAGGAUCUCAUCUGCCGGAUUUGACAGUCAUAACACCGGUGUUCUACCCGGAGAUCCCGAAGCCGGUGUUCUUCGUCGCAUCCCGCGGUCAUCACGCCGAUAUCGGAGGUAUUACACCCGGAUCGAUGCCACCGCAUUCCAAGUCGCUGGCGCAGGAGGGUGCAGCAUUCAAAUCGUUUUUGCUGGUGGACGGGGGCGUAUUCAAGGAAGAGGAAAUCAUAGAACGUCUGGUCACACCGACGGAUGCUCCCGGAGCUACGGGCACUAGGAAUUUGUCGGAUAAUUUGUCCGAUCUGAAAGCACAGAUCGCAGCUAAUCAGAAGGGUAUCCAACUGGUGGCAGAGCUGAUCGACAGCUACGGGUUGAAUGUGGUUCAGGCUUACAUGGGCUACAUGCAGCAGAAUGCGGAACUGGCCGUGCGGGAUAUGCUAAGACAGAUUGCCAAGGAGACCAAAUUGAGAACGGGAUCGACAAUUCUCGAAGCGGAAGAGUACAUGGAUGAUGGUUCCCCGAUUCGUCUGCAAGUUUCCAUCGAUGAAAGAGAAGGAUCUGCCAUCUGUGACUUUAGUGGUUCCGGACCGGAAGUCUAUGGCAACUGUAACGCACCGCGUGCCAUUACCCUAUCAGCCUUGAUCUACUGUCUUCGUUGCAUGGUCGGGCACGAUGUCCCGUUGAACCAGGGCUGUCUUGCACCGAUCCAGGUGACGAUACCGAAUAAUUCCAUCCUCGAUCCGUCGGAAGAUGCAGCGGUGGUCGGAGGAAACGUCCUGACAUCGCAGCGUAUCGUCGACACGGUGUUCAAAGCAUUCCGAACCUGUGCAGCAUCGCAAGGUUGUAUGAAUAACGUUACGAUCGGAGAUGCGAACUGGGGUUACUAUGAAACAGUUGCCGGUGGGAGCGGUGCCGGCCCGGGAUGGCACGGAACGGGAGGAGUACAUACGCAUAUGACCAACACCAGGAUCACCGAUCCGGAAAUAUUGGAGCUGCGAUAUCCGAUCAUCCUGAAGAAGUUCUCGCUGCGAGACGAUCAAUCUGGAGGGGCCGGUAUGUAUCGAGGUGGCGAAGGUGUCCAUCGGGAGUUGCUCUUCCGUAAGCCGAUGACAUUGUCGGUGCUAACCGAAAGACGAACCUUGCAGCCGUACGGCAUGAUUGGGGGCGAACCGGCCAAGAGUGGAUUGAAUCUUCUGAUAAAGAAGGACAAAAUCAUCAAUUUGGGCAGCAAAACGGCAAUCGACGUGGAAACUGGGGACAUCUUCUCAAUGAAAACGCCUGGAGGUGGCGGUUAUGGACGACCCGCGACGAAUGCUUUCCCCAUAUUGGACCUGAUGGAUGACGACCCGUCGAAGGCGUUCUUUGAGCGCGGUAGCCUGUUCGAGUACCGAAUGGCGCAGGAGUCGGUUUGAUGGCACGACGUAGGAUUCAAUUUUAAUUUCUAUAUAGUUUUGAUUGUUAUCUUGAUUAUAGUCGUUGUAGUGAUGUUCAAGUAAAAGCGAGGGAGAGAAGAUUUUGCCAAACAGUUGCCAAUCGGUGAGUUAUUCAAGUAUCUUUCAAUCGCUCAUAUCGCGCAGUUUACUCAGGAUAUAGUCCUAUUCCUAAAAAUGUAUAACCGGUUUUUCGUAGGAAAUUUUGAAAUUCUCAAUACCUUGUCUACCUAUCCUAUUCUACAUCCAUUAUACUAUUUGCCAACGAGCCAUCGAACCAAAAACAGCACAAAAUGUAACAAAAGUGUUCCAGAAAUGUUUAUCGAGGAUUUGCAGUGUAGUUCUACUUAUAUAGACAUUUAAGUAGCAUUCAGGUAUACCUAGGUAAUAGAAAUGUGAUAUUUAAGGGAAACCCCCCAGUGCACAAUGAUAAUAAUUAAUGGUUAAUAAAGUUUAAA